ACUCCUCUCUCUGUCGCUCCCUCUCUCUCUCUGUGUUGCUGUGUGCUCCAGCGACGGUCGAGGGGUCCGUCUCUUCCGUCACCACAAUGGGAAGGCAGAAGAAGCUGAAGGACGAGGAAAAAAGAGGCAGUUUAUCCAAUAAAAAGGAUGAAGCUUCUAAGCCAAAGUCUGAGGAGAAGCUCUUGAAAGGAAAAAAUGAAGCUUCUACUUUUAGUGACAAGACAGAGAAAAAAAGUCGACAAAAGAUUGCUGGUUCUGAGGAGAAGCUCUUGAAAAGGAAAAGCGAAGCUUCUACUUCUAGUGAUAAGACAGAGAAAAAAAAAAAACUAGAAAAUGGUGCUAGCACUAGUGAAAAGAUUGCUGGUUCUGGGGAGAAGCUCUUGAAAAGGAAAAGCGAACCUUCUACUUUUAGUGAUAAGACAGAGAAAAAAAAUAAACAAGCAAAUGUUGCUAGUACUGGUGAAAAGGUUGCCGGUUUAAUCUUUAUGUGCAACGCACAAACUAAGCCCGAAUGCUAUCGAUAUCGUAUCUUUGGUCUCCCUUCAAACAAAGAACAACUGGUGAGGAAUGUCAAACAUGGUGCAAAGCUUUUCUUGUAUGAUUUUGACUUGAAGCUUCUCUAUGGAAUCUAUAAGGCUUCAUCUGAUGGUGGGAUGAGAUUGGAGCCAGACGCUUUCGGUGGAAGAUACCCUGCUCAGGUGAAGUUUAAAGUACAAAAGGAUUGCUUGCCUCUGCCAGAAAGCACGUUCAAACAUGCAAUCAAAGAUAAUUACUUUGAGCCAUUCAGAUUUAAUCCUAGGCUCAAUGCUCAACAGGUUGAAAAUCUGUGUAAACUGUUUCAGCCUGUCAGAAUACGACAGCCCACUCUUCCAUCUGUAUCAGCAGCUAGUCCAGUUGCAAUGGCUCCGUCUGCUCGGGGACAUCGGAGUGUAGUUCCUGUAAUUUCUGCUGUCAGUGCUUCAAACCACCAUAGGGAGGAUCGUUUGCUUGCACCAAUGGUGCCUGAAAUCGCACGUCCAAAGGACCGGGAAUAUCCUGUGGGUUCACAUAAGCUGCAUGGGCCAUUGCCAGAACUACGUCCCCCACGAAGGAUAGCAUACCCAGUUGAAGAUCGUCAGGGGAUUCGAAGUGGACUCUCUUUGCCAGGACCUGAAAGAGAUGAACACCAUUUUGUUCUGGAAGAUCGCAGGCAUGUUGCUGGCCGUCCUGCCCCUGAGGUGGUUCACCGUGGUCAUGUUCCGUUGCAUGGGAGAGACCGUCAGGUGCUCCAUGAUGUUGGUCCUUUGUAUGAGGAGUAUCAGGUACAUCGUGGUCAUGUUCCUUUCCAUGAGAGGGAGUAUGAGGUAUACCGCGAUCGUGUCCCUGUGCAUGAGAGGGAGUAUCAGGUAACCCGUGACCGAGUUCCUUUGCAUGGGCAGGAGUAUCAGGUGCCCCAUGACCGUGUUCCUUUGCAUGAGCGGGAGUAUCAGGUGCCUCGUGAUCUUAUUCCUUUGCAUGAGCAGGAGUAUCCGGUGCCCCAUGACCGUAUUCCUUUGCGGGAGAGGGAGUAUCAGGAGCCCCAGGUAGGAAGAGAGUUGGGAGGUGGCUUAUACAGUUCGAGGCUACAGGUGGAUGAACUGCGGCCUGUGUCACAUGAGAAGCCGCUUUAUCACAGAGCUACUACAUAUGAAGAAUCAACUGCACGUCAACAGGUAGUGUAUGAAAGGCCCAAUUAUGAUGGGGGCGUCUACAGAGAAGCAACCACAGCAUAUGGGGAUCCUAGAUCUGAAAUUGCAAACAUGCCAGUCUCUUCCAGGUACUCCUUUGCGGGCGCCGUGCCAACUUAUCGCUAGCAGGAAAUGCCAUUACAGCCUAACACCAUUGCUCGCUUUGAUGAUUCUGCGAUGGAUGAUACGCCGAGGCAGGAGCAUUGUUCUGUACUUGACUUUGGUCUGGUACCUGUACUAAUUGGUCUUUCAUGUUCUUAAUGGCAAAACUGAGUCUGCAGUUAUACUGCGACUGCUUUAUGGUUUGCAGUUUCAGUAAGCGAGAAACUUAAGCACAAGGGUGUAACGGCUAGUGUUGUAACGAUCUGUCAUCUUGUUUUAUUUUGGGUGAUAAGGAUUAAAUGCGCGACAAGCUGCUCCGUCGGUCUUUCUUUUUUCAAUUUAAAUAACAAGUUUGGGUUACUUUCUCUCCGGCGAAACAAA